GUUGUAUCGACACUAGGGGUUGAAGUAAUUUACGUUAUACGGUAACGAUUUGCAGGUAGCUUUUAAAUGGCAUUUAAUCUUCAGUGUCGGGGAAAUAAAAAAAUAUUAGCCAUAUGCAAUACUGGGUCGUUGGGGUGAGCAGAUUAAUAUCUAACGCGAUGGGGUUUUUUUACGCAGUGGCAAGAGGUCGUAGUCCUGGUAUCUAUGCUACAUGGGAUGAGUGUAAGGCUCAAGUGCAUGGAUUUCCUAAACCAGUAUACAAGAAAUUUCCCUCAAAAUCUGAGGCUGAAGAUUUUGUUGCAAGCAAAGGUUCAAAAACAUCUGAAUUCCUAGCUGAUUCUGAGACUUGUUCCCAAUUCGAGUAUGAUAGCAGCGGAAGAACAACUAAGGUGGAACCAACUCAUAAUGAGUUAAGAAAAAAAACGCAAGCUUGGACCAAAGACAAAAUCUCAAACAAUGUGAAUGAACCAAGCAACAACGCAGAACAGCUAUUGUCUCGUUUAGAGAGUAAAAUAUCUGGUUUGGCUACAAAUGGAAUCCCCAUACCUACGAGAAUAAAAAACCUAGAAAGUAUUUUACUUUCUAUGCACCAAGAGCUCUAUGAUAUAAAAAGACAUUUUUCAACCAGUGCACGUACAAGUACAGACUUUUCUGGGAAUAGAAAACGCAAAAGAUUGGGAGAUUCAGAAGACAUUGGAAGACUUAAAAACUCAAUUGAUCAAGAUCCAGAUCCAUCUCUGCAGGGAGGUUUUAACGUAGACGAACGAGGAUUCGUAAAUGUUUUUACUGAUGGAGCAUGUAGCGGAAAUGGUCAACUUGGGGCAAUGGCAGGAAUUGGUGUUUGGUUUAAUGAUAAUCAUCCUCUAAAUGUGUCACGACCCGUCACGAAUGGUUCACGAGCAACGAACAACCUGGCUGAAAUUCAGGCAGUUACAGAAGCAGCAAAGCAGGCUGCAAAAGCCGGCGUGAAAAAGUUGAAGAUCAAUACAGAUUCACAGUUCCUUAUAUCCUGUAUAACGCAGUGGAUGCCAAAGUGGAAAAAAAAUGGCUGGAGAAAGGCUGAUGGGGAGCAUGUAAUUAACAAGGAGGAACUAAUUCUGAUGGAAAAGGCCCUACAGCCACUGGAAAUUGCAUGGAAUCACGUACGUGGGCAUGCAGGGGUACGUGGUAACGAAGAGGCAGAUAAAUUAGCUAGAGCAGGGGCAAACGCACAGCGAAAAAAUUAGCAUUGGAAUGAAUUUUACAUGCCUAAACUUCAACGUCCUUAUUCUAUUAAUCUCAUAAUUCAAUCUAUAAUGUGCAAGCUACAUCAAUUCUCAUGAGUUCCAUUAAAUCAUUAUGGGGGGCGGCACUAGAGUCUUGGUCGUGAGAUCAAAGA